AUGUGCGGUUCAGACCUCUUCCUUGGAAUUCUCGCCGUCUUCUUCCCACCUGUUUCAGUCUGGGUCAAGGUAGGAAUCUGCACGGCCGACUCAAUCAUCAACCUCGCCCUUUGCUGCCUCGGCUACGUCCCCGGUCUCCUCCACGCAUGGUACAUAAUCAUCAAAAACCCAGAGCCCGAUGACGAUGAUCCCAACUACCAAGCCAUCCCUGGCGGUUCGAGCGGUUCGCGACAGGACCCUGAACAAGGGCGUGUGACAUACUACUACGUUUCCCGCGAGCCCUACCAGAACCCUCCUACUGUGAGAACCUACGGUACUGUUGGAAACCAGCCUGGCGCACCAGCUUCCAAGAAUGCGCCUGCUCCCACACCAUACUCUGAUGAGCCACACGGUGGUGAUGGUGGCCAGGGCAGCAGCGAGGGUCAUGCUCAUGCUCCGCCUACGUAUGCUGAGGCUGUGAAGGGGGACCACAAGGUGCAGACGCAGGAUUAA